UCACCAUGUCUAAUCCUUCAAAAUAUGGCGGCCCACAAAAUACGUCCGAACCAGUCUGAACCUCCAUGGUCUGAACUCUGAAUUCGUUGAUGGCGGCUAGAGAGCUUCGUCACAUAAAGACGAUAUAGAAACUAUAUAAAAGCGAUGCCGCUUAACCGAAAACCGCUGCGUUAUGCACACCCUGAGGGACACACGGAUGUCUGUUAUUUUUCUGGAAAAAAAGGGGGCUUGCUCACCUGUGGAGUCGAUGGAGAUGUUCGAUCCUGGUUGAAUUUGAUGGAUGAUGAUCCUGCUUCUAGUUGCGUUUCGGAACAAGUCAUAUCUGUAGUGUCCAAGAACGAAAAAGUCUAUGUCGCAACAGACAAUAACACAGUUCAAAUCCUGACCUACCCUGAUUUGGAAAAAGAAGGGAUCAUAAAUCGGUUCACCGGAACAGUUUGUUGCUUGGCCACUACCAGAAAUGGGAACUUUAUUGUAUCUGGAUCAUGUGAUAUGCAGAUUCAAGUGAGCAACUACAAGACAUCAGACACCUUUGAGCUUGUUGGACAUACUGGCCCAAUAUUAGGCUUGUCGCUAGAUCCUAAAGAGGAAUAUGUUGCAUCGUCAAGUACCGAUGGUUCAAUACGAGUAUGGGAUAUCAAACAAAAAAAGGUUGUCCAUAUUUGGAAUGACAUUGUGCCUAAAGGCAAUUCAUUUUUUACAUCAAGGACUCGUGGUAUGCCAUCCUUCGAAUGCAAAGAUGGUAAAAUCUUGGCCUACCCUCUGGGCAAGGAAGUCGUUAUCGUACAGCGAACCUCUUGGAAAGAGUCACUUAAACUCAAAUGUCCUGAUUUAAGAGCGGUGCUUAGCAUAUGCAAAUUUUCAAACUGUGGUACACUGCUAGCUGCUAGUUCAAUUCAUGGAGAACUAGUUGUUUGGGAUGUCAAAUCUGGGGAACAAAUCGGCUACAUAACUCAUGACAACAAAGCUAAAAUAACGUCCAUUGCAUGGAGUUUGGAUAAACCGACUGAAAUUGCAUUCUGUGAUUCUCUAGGAAUGCUAGGAUGCGUGGAAGUGGUCCUGAAUCCGAUGGAAGAGAUAUUCCCUGAACCUGUGGGCCCCGUCGAACUAGAUCAAGACUUGAAUGAUCGCAUCGGAAGUUUUGAAGACGGUAAUGACAGUCUUGAUGGUCAUAAUGUCGCAUCAAAGAUGAAAAUUCAGAGGGCUAUAGACAUAGAUGACUCUGACGAUUCUCAAACAGCACCGAUUGAACCUAUUAUCGGAGAAACAUUGCCAACGCUCAAACUACAAGCACCUUUCCAGCCCGGAUCUUCACCGAUACAUCUGUUGACUCGUUACAUGGCGUGGAAUACCACCGGGAUAGUAAAAUGCUACUUUUCCGAAGACCGACAGGAGUCUAGUAUUGAAGUUGAAUUUCAUGACUCUAGCGUGCAUCAUCCACUUCACAUUAACAACUACCUGCAACAUAGCUUGGCUGCUUUAUCCCCUCACGUUUUGGCUCUUGCUUGUGCAGAAGAUGGUAAUGACCCAAGCACAUUGGUCUGUAUCAGGCUACAAGGAUGGGGUUCUAAUAACAAGGAAUGGACCUGUGAAUUACCUCGGAGAGAAAGCGCUAUCUGUCUUGCAGCUGGCGACAGCUUUGUCGCACUUACGACAAAUAAAAGAAGACUCAGACUAUUCACAGCGAGCGGAACUCAAAGGCAAAUAAUCGCAUUACCUGGUUCUCCAAUCGCGAUGAACGCUUUACAAAAUCACCUCGUGGUCGUUUAUCACACUGGAACAUCAGGAUUACAAGAAGAUCAGCAGAUGGCGAUGAUGUGGCUGCAGUUCAGGGGAAUGAAUAUCAGCAAUCGUUCCCUCGCAGUUCCAUUAUCGGGAAGAAACUUGGAAUUGGUAUGGGUGGGAUUGACCGAUCAAGGCUCACCAGCGAUCAUGGAUGAAGACGGUGUUCUUGCGAUAUACGAUAGAGUCUCCGCAUUUUGGAACGUUGCUUGCGAUACUGCUAAUCAGUGUAAAAGCGUAUCCGAUCGCUUUUUCAUAAUUGGUGUCAGUGAACUGGAGAAGACAAUCAGAUGUGUAUUGUGCAAAGGUAGUCUUUAUCCUCCAACUGCGCCAAUUCCAGUCCAAAUGGAAAUACCUCUAAAAUUACCUCUUCUCGAACCGGACUCUCUUAAAUCUCAGAUGGAAGCCAAAUUAUGUCAUUUUAGUUACGAUGCGCGUACAGUUGAGGAAACUCUACUGUCCUUAUUUGUGAUUGCAUGCCGCGCCAAUGUCGAAUAUCGUGCGGUAGAUUUGUGUGAGGAUUUUGGGACUCCACAAGUCUUGGAGUUGGCCAUGAAAUAUGCCGCACGUCUCGGACGAUUAUCUUUAGUGAACAAAUUACAGUCAAUGUGGAAAACCUCUGAACAAAGCGAGGCCGGAAAGGAUCAAGUAGAAAGUAAAACGUCUCAAGAACGAGCCAAUAGAUUGAAGUUAUUUACUGUACAGCCUUUGGAUGAAGAGUGUCAUGGAACCAAUGAUGUAAAUAAAGAAUGUAUUUCGACAGCAAUCACACACACCAAACCCGAGAUGGAGAUAAAACCAAUGACCUUCUCACUCAGAAGACAAAAUCCGUUUAAAAAAAAGGCGCAGGCACCAGCUUUGGAAGGUUUGGAUGCUAUGAACCAAUUGUCACAGAGUGAGAUUAAUUGCACUUUAUCAGAGGUCAAAUCCUUAACUGAGAAAUCCAAGCCCAAAGCUCAAACAGUGACGCAGUCCAAAGCGCCUAAGGAAUCAUUCACAUUUUGGUAUGCCAAAAAUAAGAAGGCUCUUACAGAAGAACUCCCAGAUCUCGACAUGAAACAAAUCAUGUUAGUUGCCCUUGAGAGAUACAAAGCAAACAAUAAAAUAUUGCCAAAUUCCUCCAAAGCUUUUGUGAUACAAGAAAACAAAAAGCGAAAGUUAUCGGACAUUGACGACGAAGAGAAACAAAAUUGUGGUACCACAGCCGAAAAGUUGUCUGCUUUUGCGUUCACCGAGUGAUAUUUCCAAGUGUCUUUAACCAUAGAACUAAUUCAUAGAGUAAUUCAUUUUCAAUCAUAGAGCAUAAUAGUUUUCAUAUCGUUUCAUAGUUUGUUUCUAUAUUUCUCCAACAUUUUUCGAUAAUUCUUGUAUGUUAUUUCAGUAUCCAGCAGAUAUAAUCAAUAAAGUUAACAAAAAAAAUA